AUCAGUUCGAGUUUGACACUGAAACUAUUCAGGUGUAAUUAUAAUAACCGCUUUCGUUUCGAGAAAGAAAAUAUAUAUCCAAUAUGGAUUGCGGCGGAGUAUUUGUUAAAUAUGUGCUCUUCAUAUUCAAUAUAUUAUUUGUGAUAUGCGGCAUUUUACUUAUUGUAUUUGGCUCCCUUAUGGUCGCAGAAAUCAAAAACUUUUCGAGUGUUGACGAGACUUUUACUGCAAAUAGUGUGGCUAUUGUAAUAUUGAUCCUAGGAUGUAUCAUCUUCUUGGUCUCAUUCCUUGGAUGCUGUGGAGCGAUUCGCGAGAAUUCUUGCGGACUUACAACUUACUCAAUCGUGAUGCUGGGCUUGCUCUUGUGCCAAAUAGCUCUUAUCAUCUACAUUUGGAUCAAUCACGUCCAAAUCCGACAGUCACUGGACACAGUGGUGCAAAAAAUUUGGGACCAACGCAAUACUGAUAAACUCUUAAUGGAUACUCUGCAAAAAUCGCUAAAAUGCUGUGGACUGCACGGAUUUGCCGAUUACGGUACUUCUUAUCCAGCUUCGUGUUGUGAUUCGCCUUCGAAUGGAUCUUGCAGUUUCACUUCCGUGAUGCUUAGGCCCGGUUGCAAGUCGGCUGUUGAUUCCUUGUGGGACACAAAUGUGAACAUAAUUAAGUAUGCUGGCUUGGGAGUGCUUGCAGUUGAGCUGACCGCCUUCAUUUUUGCCUGCUGCCUGGCCAACCAAACGCGCAACAACCUAAGACGUCAAAAUUAUUAAAAAUAAUUUAAUAAUUAUUAAGACGUCAAAAAUGAAGUCUUGAAUGAAAAUUUGUAAUGUAUCUCUUUAUAUUUUUUGUUGUCACAUACUUCUACUUAUGUAUAUUUACUUAUUUGCAAAUGUAAUAAUUAUUGAAACUGUAUUCCUAUAAAUAAACUUAGCUUAUCGAGGUUGCAAAACG